AUGAAUUCAACUGAGCUCCGCCAACGCAAGCAACCCCCCGCGGGGGACGUCAGUGAGCUCCUGAAACACUCCUCCAAACCAGCGACCGAUCCGCGCCUCAAGUAUGGCCUCACGAUGCAGGUACUGCGCUCGCUGGCGAUGGCAGCGUGGUUCAACUGCUGCUGUGUCGUCAUCCUGGCAACACAACUGGUGGGCGCCCCUCUAUACCUGAUCAACAAAGACUAUUAUUAUUCCUAUAUGGCGUUCACGAAACAAAACUUUGGCUUGGUGAUAACUGCACUCACCCAAUGGGGAGCUCCAACCCUCUUCCGGGUCAGCGGCGAUGCCAGUGUCCGGGGCCAGCUUCACCUCGGCGAGGACGGAAUGCUGCUGACCCAAUUCCCGGAACGCCUGGUCAUGAUCGCAAACCACCAGGUCUAUACCGACUGGAUCUAUCUCUGGUGGUUCGCUUAUACCAACGCCAUGCACGGUCGCAUCUACAUCAUCCUGAAGGAGUCGCUCAAGUAUAUCCCCAUUAUGGGGCAGGGUAUGAUGUUCUACGGGUUCAUCUUCAUGGCGCGCAAAUGGCAGUCCGAUAAACCCAGACUUCAGUAUCGUUUGGAGAAACUCAAAACCCGACUGACCGGGUCCAAGUCCGGCCAGCCGCAGUAUGACCCCAUGUGGCUCCUACUCUUUCCCGAAGGCACCAAUUUGUCCCUCAAUACCAAGCGGCGGAGCGACGAAUUCGGGAAGAAAAUGGGUUAUCCUUCUUUUAAACACGAGAUUCUCCCCCGAUCAACGGGUCUAUUCUUCUGCCUUCAGCAACUACGGGGAACCGUGGACUGGGUAUACGACAGCACCAUUGCCUACGAGGGACCUCCAAAAGGUAGCUAUCCUGACAAGUAUUUCACUCUUCGUUCCACGUACGCCUUGGGGCGCCCACCAACUUCGGUCAACACGCAUUGGAGGCGGUUUGCCGUUGCCGAUAUCCCCCUCGACGACCAGCAAGAAUUUGAUGCAUGGCUUCGAGCUCGUUGGGCCGAAAAAGACGAGCUAAUGGAUCAGUAUUUCGAAACCGGCAGAUUCCCCUCCGAACUGGCCGGGUCGAUCGAGGCCAAGCAUGCCACCGAUGAACAAAAAGUGGCGGUCUCCGCAGGUUAUAUAGAGUCUUAUGUUCAAGUACACCACUGGAUCGAACUUGGCCAGAUUUUCAUGGUUUUGGCUGGUCUUGCCUGUCUAUGCAGGUUCAUAAGCGGCUGGACACACUGA